AUGGCAUUCCUAAAUGAUGACGAUAUUGAGAAUGAGCUGGAGCAAAUGUUUGGGUUUCUUGAUAAUCCAGACGAAUCGGAAGAUGAGUACGAGGGCGAAGAUAGCCUAGAAAUAGGUUAUACGUGCGAUGUCGGAGGAUCCCAAUAUUAUUCAAAAUCAAGGAAAUCCAGUGCCUGGACCAUGAAGACGCAGUCCUGUGAGUUUCCUUUCAGAUCCUUCCUUCCAGAUGGUUAG